AUGCCACUGUCGGCAAAGAGAGCCUCUAGGGCUCGUCGCGAACCGCGUAAAGCCGCGACUGCGACUGCGACCACAGCUACUUCACCAGUUGAUGUCGAAGAAUCUUCGCCCAGUCGCCCGUCCAAACGUCGAAAGAAGGUAUAUUGUGUUUUCACGAUACUAUCACCUCCGCCUGCUAAUCUUGGCUUUGUCCCGCAGGUCCCAGAGGAAGAAGACACCCCCGCGCCCAACGAUGAUCAACUGGUGUCGCAAAUUACCCAACACCUUCGAAGUCAGGAUGUUCAAGCCAGUAAAGACCAUGCCAAUGUCAUUCAUGAGGCCAAAGGCGACGGGGUCAAGGCCUACGCCAAAGUGGCUGCUCAGGACUGGACCUUCUACAUCACCAAACUCAACGUCAACAUAGGCCGAGCUCCCGAAACGUCACAUAACCCUCAACCCACUGGCUCAGACGAGGACGAGUCACACGUACAUAUCGAUCUAGGGCCCAGCAAGAUGGUAUCGCGAGAGCAUGCUACCAUCUCUUUUGACUCCAAGGAUGAGAAGUGGUUUCUUCGUGUCAAAGGCCGCAAUGGCGCCAAGGUAGACACUCAGCCUGUCAAGGCUGGACAAGCCCACCCUCUCACCAGCGGCGAGGUCAUCGAGAUUGGAAACGUUGAGAUGAUGUUCGUACUGCCGUCCGAAAUCACUCCAUUGACUGUCUACCCCGUUUACCUCCAAAGAGCCGGUGUUAGCGUACAUACACCACAGUCCCGAACAUCACGUCGACAACCCCUCAUUGCGCCGGCGCCCGCCGAGUACAAGCGACCGGGAACCCCAACUUCAGCACAUAGUGUCCUUAAAUCACCGGCUACAAGUACACCUGCUGUCAUGGUUGGGGCCAAUGGCGUUGAUCUGAGCCAGGAUGAGAACCAACACAUCAAACCUCAAUACAGUUAUGCUCAGAUGAUCACGCAAGCAAUUUUGAACGCACCAGAUGGGAAGCUUAAUCUCAAUGGCAUAUAUAAUUAUAUCAUGAACACUUAUGCAUACUAUCGUCAUCAGCAAGCUGCAGGUUGGCAGAACUCUAUUCGGCAUAACCUUUCCCUUAACAAAUCGUUUGACAAGGUCGCAAGGUCAACUGAUGAGCCUGGCAAAGGCAUGAAAUGGCAAAUUGUUCCUGAAGCUAGAGAUGAAAUGAUCAAAAAUGCUUAUCGAGUUGGUCGUGGUGGCCACCGUGGAUCUUCUGCACCUUCGUCUCCAAAUCAACUUGCCUACAUAACACAUGGCCCGAGAGACAUGGCGUCAAGAGAACCCCCCUCCGCUCGCAAACGCAGAGGAUCUCCUCCAGCUUCACCUCCCCCAAGGCCAUCCUUGAUUAUUGCUCAGUCAACACCUGAUCGAUCUUUCGGCAGAAGCGCGACCAUGACAAUUGACGGAAGCCCAUUGCCACGCCCCAGGAAGACACCAGCAAGAGACUCAUCAUUUUCAGUAUACAAUCCUCAAUCACCCACACUCACAUCAUCUUAUCAAGAAGAUGGCGCGUCAUUCGUGACCCCAGCACCUCCAAGGGUGCAUCCCAAGCUCGCACCUCCAAGCACGGCACAACGACCCAGUCAACACAUGCCAACCAGUUCACCAGCACCCUUUUGGAAAUACGCAGAUAUUGGCAGCACACCCUUGAAACCUCUCGGUGGUUAUGAUAUAAGUCCUACCAAGGCUGGAGGUCUGCUGCCUCCGCAAAGUAGCAGUCCUCCGCGUGGAGAUAAGUCGCCUUUGAGUAGCCCUUCUCGGCCUCAAAGGUCAAGCCCGCAGCCUAUUGCUGAACCUGCAGAGGCUGAGGAGGAAGAAGGCUUCGACCUGACAAAGGGAUUCCAGAGUAUCGGUUCGUAUCACGCACCAGUUGGUGGGAGUACAUCCAUUUUGCAAGGGCACUCAUAG